ACGUAAACAAACGAGCAGUAAGAUAAUUCGCGCGCAAUCCGUCCACGAUUUUACAGCGCUGGUCAUGUUAAAACCGGAAGUGUUUAGUAAAUUUCAUUUAAAAAAUGCUGUUAAGUAUAUUCGUGAUGAGAACAAAGUGUGUGCUUAUUCCUAUGGACAACUUUGGAGCGCAAUGUCCAUCGUACAGGAAGCUAUAGCAAGAAGUCAACUAGAGAAGCAUUACAUUGGAGUUGCCCUGAUCCAUUCGCCAUCGCUGAUUGCGGUCAUUUCCGGCAUUCAUCAGAGCAGCGCAGCGUUCUGUAACUUGAAAUUUCAACGUUCAAAAGUUGAGGCUUUCGUUACAAUUCUGAAAAGCAUACCUGCAAAUUAUUGCUUCUUCUACAAAAAUGAUACUGAGCAUUUCACAGGGAAUUCGGGAAUCCAAAUUAAGUUCAAGAUCGUUGCAGAACUUAAUCUACUCGAAGAGCUUAUCGUUCUGGUUCAGUUCGAGUUCGAUAUAAAGCACUCAACAUCAUUUACGCCAGAUAUUGCCUAUUGUGUGGCCACUUCCGGAAGCACCGGAGCCCCCAAACUGGUACGCGUACCAACACAAUGUAUCCUUCCGAACCUGAUCACACUGGAAAAGCUGCUAGAGCUGCACGAAACGGAUCAGAUCUUGGUUUCGUGUCCGCCGACCUUCGAUCCAUUUGUGGUGGACAUGUUCCUGGCGUUGCGGAAUGCAGCGUGUCUGGUUCUGGUGGGGAAUGAGCUCCGAUUGGAUGCCGGCCGAUUACAGAGAGUGGUUUUCGAGCAGACCGAGGUGACGGUUAUGCAGAUGACGCCCUCAUUUUUGCGACAGUGGAACGAUAACGAAAUAAGGGACGUUCUGCUUGGACGAAGCAGUUCGUUAAGACACCUUAUUCUCGGUGGCGAACCAUUCCCAAGUUGGUUGAAAAUUCCCGCACACAGUCCAGUCAAGGUUUACAACAUUUACGGAAUCACUGAAGUGUCUUGUUGGGCAUCCAUCGAACGUGUAACUGCUUCUUCGAAUAUUAAUCCAUCUCUGGGCAGUCCCCUGGAUGAUUCAAUCGUGUUUCAGCUCCGUGACGUCAAUACUGGUCAUGCGUUGAACCUGGAAAACGUUGUGGAUCCCAUCCGAGGCAACUUACACAUCGGAAGUGGCGUUCGAAAAUGCAUCAUAGGCGAAGAAUCUUCGGAGGACGUUCUGAGAAUCGAUGCAAUAGUAUAUCGGUCUACAGGAGAUCUUGUAGAGCAGCGAUCGGAUGGAAAAUUCUACUAUUUAGGUCGCUGUGACGAAUCGGUGAAGCGUUUGGGAGUUCGAGUCAACCUGAGUUGGUUGGAGCAAUGCGCAGAUCAAUGUGAGGGAAUCUUAAAAAGUUGCGCCAUUUUUGACCCUAGGCGGCAUAGAAUAGCCCUUUGCUACACUUCGAGUGGCAUUGUACAAAAGAACGAUAUACGAACAUUUAUGGAAUCGAAGCUAAAAUCGGAGGAAAUGCCCAACGAUUUUCUUCAAGUGAAAGAACUGCCUCUUUCUGAUCACGGUAAAAUCAACAGGAAAAAAAUCCUGGAACAGUUUCUAGAAGAUAAUGACUCAAAGCCUACAAAGAAUCUAAAGGAACAGUUCCUCCGAAAUGUGUUUGAAUUGCUAGGCGUUCAUCUGCAAGCUCGCAGCACAUCAUAUUCUAAGCGAGUCAAAUACGACCUCGGAUGUUCGUUCCUUGAUGUUGGAGGGACAUCUGUUCAAGCUCUGCAAAUCUCCGCAUCACUGCAAGACUACACAAAGACCCGCAUUUCGAGCUUGAUUGGAAUGCUGCUGGACAAAUCUGUCCCUUUGAAAGAUGUCCUACAGUACCUGGAAGGAGUUCGUCAUGAAACACCUUCUUCAUCUUCGCUUCAAUCUGUCUCCUCAGAAGAGAACACACUUCUCAAAAUGAAGAUAACUGUCCAAUCCCACUUCGAUAUGGACAAAUGCAUCGAUGCGAGUCCUACCGAAUACCGCAGUGAAAAGCAUAAACGGGGGAUCGUCGCCGUUGGAAGUCACUCCCACAAACUUUUGGUUUUGAACACUGAAACGGAUCAGAUAAUCACGCAACUAGUCCUACCAGACCGGAUAGAAAGCGCAGUCAGUUACAUCGCCGAUGAGGAGCGAGGACUGAUUGGUUGCUACGAUGGAUCGCUGUAUUGUUUUGAUCUGUGGACCGGAGCCAUCCGAUGGAGCUUCGAUUCCGGCGGAAUGAUCAAAUGUAAGGCCUUGGUGCUGGAAUCGGCGGUAAUAUUCGGAAGCUACGCCGAGGAGCAUAAUUUAUUUGCAUUGGAUUUGAACGGAAUCCUCAUUUGGAGAUCGAAGUUGGGUACUAAAGGUAUCCUAUCGUCACCGCUUUCCACCGACCACGAAAGAGCUUUCGUAGCCACUCUCGACGGGUUGUAUUGUUGUUUUAAUACUAGAACCGGAGCCGUCGUAUGGGAGGAUAAACUCCAAACACCUGUUUUUGCCAAUACCACACUCGUAUCGGGGCAUAAUGCAGUUCUAGUGGCGGAAGUCAAAGGAAUCUUACACUGCCUGGCUAGCAAAAGCGGUUCUAAGUUGUGGCAAAUCCGCACCGAAGGAAACCUGUUCUCUUCCCCUCAAGUUACACCCUGUGAUAGCAAUCAAACCGUUGAAAUCCUCUUUGGAUGCCACGAUAAGCACCUUUAUUGCUACGACUGGACAGAUGCACCCGCUUGGGAGCCCCUGCAUGAGAGAAUUGCAAUAUUACGUAAUCCCAGCCAGCGCCGCCGUACGAUGAAGGCGAAGGGCGUCAUCCAUCGCACAGCAGCCAAUCGACCAGCUAGCAAAAGUAUCACCCAGCGCCGAACAACAGCAUCAAUGCAAUUCAUUUUCCAUUCGGCGCGCGUUUGUUCAGCAGCCAAACAGCAUUUAGCAGAUGGGAUAGGGAGUACCUUACCGAGAAGGCACCAAGAUGGAAAACAAACGAUCAGCGUUAAGUAAGAGCGGACCGAGUGACAUUUCACAUAUUAUUAGACAAAAUAGUAAAAAAAUAACCGUUUAAAAUAUAAUUUACACCUCUGAA